ACAACGAUGUUGCUGGAAGCAGCUGAAACGCUUCCCCAUCGUGGAGCGACAGAAACGGCGACUGCGCCUUCAGCUCAGAGCCCCGUCUCCUUUGAGGAGGUUGCCGUGUAUUUCACCAAUGAGGAGUGGGCACUCUUGGCUGCUGGCCAGAAAGCCCUCCACCGGGAAGUCAUGCUGGAGAAUUCUAGGAACGUGGCUUCCCUGGCAGGAGAUGGUGGGGAAAGCGGCGGCAGCCAUGGCAGGAGGUGCAGGACAUCCCUGGCCAGCCCCAGCCUGCCUGGGAUGAAGGAGACCCAGAGACACCCGGGAGGAGCCAACGAGCAGAGGGGAGGCCCAACAGAGAAGCCAAAGGAGCAGCUGUGGCUGGGGGAUGCCCCUGGCAGAAUGCCAGCCUGGGAAGGAGGCCCGAAAGGCAGAGAGAGCUUCGGUCACCAAGCGGAGCGGGGUGCCCACCGGCCGAGCCGGGCAGAGCACAAGCAGCACCGGUGUGCAGCGUGCGGGAAGAGUUUCCGGCAGGGCUCCCACCUGGCUUCCCAUCAAAGCGUCCACACAGGGGAGAGGCCGCACCAGUGCCGGGAGUGCGGGAAGCGCUUCCGGCAGCUCGCCUACCUCGCCUCCCACCGGAGGAUCCACACAGGGGAGAAGCCAUAUCGGUGUGCCGAGUGCGGGAAGCGCUUCAACCGGAGCACGAACCUCACGUGCCACCUGCGGAAGCACACGGGGGAGAAGCCCUACCGCUGCCCCGUCUGCAGCAAGGGCUUCUGUGACAAGUCCGGCUUCAACCUGCACCAGCUGAUCCACUCAAAGGACAAGCCGCAUAAGUGCUUAACCUGCGGCAAGACCUUCAUCCGGCGCUCGCAGCUGACAUCCCACGAGGGGAUCCAUACGGGGGAGAGGCCAUACCGGUGCGCGGAGUGCGGGAAGAGCUUCCACCGGAGCUCCAACCUCACCUCCCACCGGAGGAUCCACGCGGGGGAGAAGCCGCACCGCUGCUCCGAGUGCGGCAAGAGCUUCUACGACAAGCAGCACCUCCUGCGGCACCAGCGGAUGCACACAGCGGAGAAGCCAUACCCGUGCGCAGAGUGCGGGAAGAACUUCAGCCAGCGGAGGAACCUGGCAAGACAUCAGAAGCUCCACGGGGGAGCAACGCCGCGUCCGUGCUCGCAGCGGGCAAAGGGGUUCUAUAAUGAGCGGCAGCCAAAGAGGCAUCAACCUGCUUGUGGGGAGGAGGGGGGACCCUUCACGUCUUGGAGUGUCGAGGUGGCAUCAGACGGGGUCCCAGUCCUGCUCCCCUGCCAAGAAUUAACACAGGGAAAUCAGUAUGUCAUAAUUUCUCAGGUUGAGUCCCCAUCUUCCGAUCAUGAGCAAAAACGGCCAGUGUCUCUCCCGCUGUGUGAAUUAGCCAGAUGUUAUUUGGGGCAGCAUACUGGGCUGCUCCGGACAAGAUGGCUUCUGCGCAAGGGUUGGCGGUCAGUAGAGCUGCUCAUCUUGGGGACUCAGCAGCACACCCAGAGUCACCCCAACGAGCUUAGGGGGAGAGACCAGGACACCGGGGCGGAAGCGUAUCUGCAGCGUCAGAGAUCUGCGGCGUUCUUGCAUUUUCCCAUGCUGGACGUUGGAACUCACUGGCAGUCGAGGUGCAGAAGACUCCCGCCGGCUUUAAUUCGAGAGAAAAGGACCGAGGCGCUGAGAAGAGCAGAAUCGCGGGAGGCCGCGUCGCCCCCUCCCGGUUUCGGAAGACCCGGCGAGCCGGCGGAGGGCGGGGCGGGGCCCUGUGGGAGGCUGGCUGGGGAAUUCUGGGAGUUGAACUCCACGGUCUGGAAAGCGGCUCCCCACCGCGGAGACCCCGCCCCGCCCCGCCCCUUGAGGCGCACCCUCGCGGCUGGAGCGGGGAGGGGAGCGCGCGCGGCGGCGAGGGCGGCGAUGGCGGCUCCGGGCGGCGCGGCGGGGCCGGAGGUUUCCCCCGCGCGGCUGGCCGAGGCGGAGGCGCUGCUGGCGGCGCGCGUCUCCGAGCCGGUCCGGGCGCGCUGGCGCUGGGCGGUGAACCUGGGCCAGCCGAACCUGCAGCGCUUCCGCGCGCAGCUGAGCGAGGCCCGGCGCGGCAGGGAGGCGCUGCUGGCGCGGGACGCGGCGCUCUCGGAGGCGGAGCAGCAGCGGCUGCAGGGCUUCCUGCGGCUGGAGAUGGCGCUGCUCCGCUGGUUCCAGGCUCGCGGCGAGCGGGAGGCGGCCCGGCAGGCCCGCCGGAGGAAGCCGCGCGGCGCUGCGAGCGGAGCAGCCGCGGCGGGCGGGGAGGGGGCUGCGGGUCCGCCGGCCCUGACGAGGGCGGCGGCGGCUGGCGGCAGCGCCGCGGCACCGGGCGGAGAGAGAGCGCCGCCGGGCCCCCCGUGGCCGGCCGAGGCGGCGGGGGCCGCGGCGCCGGCGACUUCCCUGGGGAAGGUGGCGGCCUUGCGCGAGGCGCUGCUCGGGGUCGUGGCGGAACUGGAGGCGGCCGAGGGCCGAGGACGCCCCGUGCGCGCGGCGCGCAGCCUGGCGCGGGCCUCGGCGGCUUUCCUGGACGACCGCCUCUGGGAGAGCCUGCGCGAACUGGGACGGGCCGUCCGGAAGGAAGGGCGCGCCCGGGCGAGGCAGCUGCUGGCCUUACGGGACGCCCUGGAGGAGGAAGGCUGGGCCGAGAGCGCGGAGGGGCUGCGGAGGGAGCUGGAGGGGCUGCGGGCCGGGCUACAGGAAGCGCCCCCGGAGGGGCUGCAGCCGCUGCUGGAGAAGGCGGUGGUCCUGCUGCGGAAGACGGACUGCUGGGAGGUGGCCUGCCUGGAGAAGGGCUUGUGGGCCGGCCCGCUCGAGGAGGCGGAGGCUGCCCGGAGAGAAGCCGAGGCCCUGCGGGAAACCCUCCGGCGCGUCCCCCUAGGGCAGGGAGAGGCGGCCCUGCAGACGGCUGGGCGGGAGGCGCCGGUGAAGGAGGCGCAUCUCCUGUGGGAAAGGGCAGCGGCCCUGGAGACCCAGGCGGUGGCCUUCUGGUCGGACACGCUGCAGGGGGCAGAUGACCUUCUGGGGAAGGUGGAUGCCCUGAGGGCAGCCCUGCGGAAUUCCUCCCUGAAGGAAGCCCUGUGGGAGAAGGUGGAGAACCUUCGGGAUGCAUUGAGGGAAACCACAAGGGAGAAAGUCCAGCAGCCCUUCCUAGAGGCCGUCCCCAAACACCUCAAAGAAAGGAGAGAUCCGUCAGAUCCCUCCCAGGAGCUGGUUUUCAGGGGCAUCCCCCAGGAAGACCCAAGUUGGGACACCUCAGGAGGAUCAUCUCCUUUUUCGGGUGGAGCUGAAAAUGUGGCAGAACCUCCAGUUCAGGGUCUUGUAUCCUUUGAGGAGGUGGCUGUAUGUUUCUCCAAGGAGGAGUGGGCUCAGCUGGAUCCCCACCAAAAAGCCCUCCACGGGGAGGUCAUGCUGGAAAACUCGAGGAACGUGGCCUCUCUGAGUCCUGCUGGGCAGGAGAACUUGAGUUACGAGGAACUAUUAGAAGCUCUCAGACACACAGAAGGAAGAGAGAUGUUUGCGGAUCAAAUGGAACUCAAAAGUCCUGAGAGAAACCAGUCAAAGGAUGGAAGCAAGAACCAUUCUGCUCUUCAGUGUGACGAAAUUCAAAGCAGAGCCGCCCUGCAAGUUCCCAAAGGAAAAAGGAGGACAAAAUCUUCAGGGAAAAGUGUGAAAAUAUUCAGAGAAAAUUUAGAUUUAAAUGAACAUUAUCAAGCCCGUGCUAAAGAAGAGGAGGAUCAGGGCAGGGAAGAUGUAAAAAGUUACAGCUGGACUUUCAUUCUUUCGUUACGUGAUAGGAUCAACAUGGGGGAGAAACCCUAUAAAUGCAGAGAGUGUGGGAAGAGCUUCAGGAGCAGCAGCCAGGUGACUUCCCACAGAAGGAUCCACACAGGGGAGAAGCCCUAUAAAUGCAUGGAGUGUGGGAAGAGCUUCAGCUGGACCAGCGAACUGACUUCCCAUAGAAGGAUGCACACAGGGGAAAAACUUUAUAAGUGCGGGGAGUGUGGGAGGAGCUUCAGGAGGAACAGUCAGCUUGCUUACCAUAAAAGGCUCCACUCAGGAGAGAAACCAUACAAAUGCAUGGAGUGUGGGAAGAACUUCCUCUGGAGCUACCAGCUCACUUCCCAUAAAAUGAUCCACACAGGAGAGAAACCCUAUAAAUGCAUGGAGUGUGGGAAGAGCUUCAGGAGGAGCAGUGAACUGACUUCCCACAGAAGGAUCCACACCGGGGAGAAACCCUAUAAAUGCAUGGAGUGUGGGAAGGGUUUCAGGGGAAGCAGUGAACUGACUUCCCAUAGAAGGGUCCACACGGGAGAGAAGCCAUAUAAAUGCAUAGAAUGUGGGAGGAGCUUCAGGAGGAACAGUCAGCUUGCUUACCAUAAAAGGCUCCACUCAGGAGAGAAACCAUACAAAUGCACAGAGUGUGGGAAGAACUUCUUCUGGAGCUACCAGCUUACUUCCCAUAAAAUGAUCCACACAGGGGAGAGACCCUAUAAAUGCACGGAGUGUGGGAAGAGCUUCAGGGGUAGCCGUGAGCUUUCUUCCCAUAAAAGGGUCCAUACAGGAGAGGAAGAACUACACAAAUGCUUGGAAUGUGGAAAGACCUUCCGGCACAGCAGUGAGCUUGCUUCCCAUAGAAAAACCCACCCAGGGGAGAGGCCAUACGAAGGUACGGAGUGUGGAAAAAGCUUCUCUUGGCAUUCUCAGCUUACUUCCCAUGAAACACUCCACGCAAGUGAGAAUCCAUGUAAAUGUGUAGAGUGUGGGAAGAGCUUCAGGGGAAACAGUGAACUUACUUCCCAUAAAAGGAUCCAUUUGGGCGAGAGACCCUAUAAAUGUAUGAAAUGUGGAAAGAGCUUCAGAAGGAACAGUCAGCUUACCUACCAUAAAAGAAUCCACACAGGGGAGAAACCGUACAAAUGCACCGAGUGUGGAAAGGGCUUCUUGUGGCGCUAUCAGCUUGCUUCCCAUAGGAGGAUCCAUACAGGGGAGAAACCCUAUGAAUGUGUAGAGAGUGGGAAGAGCUUCAGGGGGAGUGAAGUUGCUGCCCGUAAAAGGAUUCACGAAGGGGAGAAACCAUGUAAGUGUGUGGAAUGUGGAAAGUGUUUCAUGGGGAGCUCUCAACUUACUUCCCAUAAAAGGGUCCACUCAGGGGAAAAGCCAUGUAAGUGUGGAAUGUGGAAAAAACUUCCGUCAAAGCAGCCACCUCAUUUCCCAUAAAACCAUUCAUACAGGAGAGAGACUGUGUAAAUGUGUUGAAUGUGGGAAGGCCUUCAAGCGGAGGAGUGAACUCACUUCCCAUAAAAGGAUCCACAUGGGGGAGAAGCCACAUGAAUACAUGGACUGUG